GUAAUUACAUUCGCCGUCAAUUAUUGGUCCGGAGGUAAGACAAAAGCGAUGUUUCUACGCCAUGAAGGCUAUCUUGGUGUUGUGGGCGCCUAUUUGUCAGGCCUCGAUCUCGAGUCGAACGGCAGCGCUCCAGGCUGUUGGACCGAGAACUAUGCUGCUAGCUCCACUUCUCCACAGCUUUCCACCUCACUACGCCACGUCGUUUCGUUGCCCUCCUCAAUCGCCACAGGAUUCAGCUCACCAGUCAGUGCUUCCCAACCUACGAGGCUUUCGGGCCAGAUUGACCUCUGCGCUUCUCAGACUCCCAUUGAUCCCACGCUCUUGGCUAUAAAGACCGAACAUAGCACAAACCUCAAUUCACAUUCCCUGCCGAGUUUGUCUCAAGUUGAAAAAUCACUUUCCAAGUCUCCUGAACCUGUCGCUGUCCAUACCGCUUUACCAAAGCCGAUGUAUGACGAUGGCGUCACAUCCGUUGCCUGGGAAGGCGGUUCAGACAACCGUCCACUUCUGAAAGUAGAUAUAUGUUCUCUCACUGACUUGCCAAGUGCUUCAGUAGCAGCCGACCUGCCUUCAACGGAGGCUGAGGAACAACUCUCAGUUGGGAUUGUGGAGUGGAUGCACUUUGGACUGGAUCAUGUUGAAGGUACGCGUCGUGAGCCGUUGCCGCUGCUUCUCCAUCCGGCCAUUUAUCUGCCUGAUACGUGGGACUUUACACAGGAUGAAGAGGCUAGAUUAUAUUGGCUGCAAUGUCUUGAGGUAAGUGCUGCACUUUCCCUAUAG